AUGCCCACCAAGAAAUCAAGCAUGAAGAAGGCAGCAGGCGCGGCCAAGAAGGUUACAUGGCGAGGAAUGCCAGUCACGGAGCAUGACAUCAAGGUGUACAAGCUCAUCAGCCGCAUUCCAGCGGGAAAAGUUGCCACGUACGGAGCGGUGGCCAAGGCCAUCCAUUCUGGACCUCGAGGUGUUGGCCAAGCGCUACGACGAAAUCCAUUUGCCCCACAAGUCCCUUGUCAUCGCGUCGUUUCGGCUACCAGGAGCCUUCAUGGGUUUCGAGGUUUUCAAGCUGUAGGAUCCACGGACCCCGCAUGCAACGAUUUGAACGACAAGCGAACACUCCUCGCUCAAGAAGGCGUCAAGUUUUCGGACGACAAGGUGGAUCUGUCGUGCAUGUACCAGUUCACAGACGACGAUGUGCACGCCGUCGAGUCGUUGUCCCCAUGA